AUGCUUGUCUACAUCGGCAUCGUGUUCCCCUACAGGCUCGCUUUCCUUCAUUUCAGGCUGCGGGCCACCGCGGACGAGUGCAGUAGCUACGAGGAGCCUCUUCCCUGGUACAUCUGGGAGGAGGCAGUCUUCUGGUUCUUCUGGGUCGACCUCUUCCUGAACUUCUUCCUGACGUUUCGCCGCGAAAGUGACGACGCGGAGGAGUUCAGUUGGAAAGAGAUUGCGAAGCGCUACCUGACCCGGCUUUUUAUUAUCAAUCUGGUUGCGUGCUUGCCAGCAGACGCUUUUGCGCCCCUGGCGUACUUCCUGUCAACGGACGGAGGCGACGGUUGCGCGACGUCUGGGGAAAGCAAUCAGGCGGUGCGGCUGGCGCGCUUGCAGCGGGCCACGCGGCUUGCCAGGCUCGCCAGGCUAACGCGGUUGGUGAAGAUCUUGUCCUUCAUGCAGAAAGACAACAACAUCCUGAGAUUCCGUGGCCUCCGCAUGUGCAAUUGGAUAUUUUUCCUUUUCUGGGUGGUGCACCUAAUGGCGUGUGGCUGGUAUCUUUGUGCAUCUUUGCACAACGACCACUCCCAGACUUGGGUGGCACGCCGAAUGAUCGACGCCGACGGUGAGUACUCGCUGGUGCUCGCUGAACCCGAAGUGCAGUACACGCACUCAUUUUACUUCGUGCUGACGGUCUUCACCACGGUCGGCUUUGGCGACAUGUCUGCGAUGACUACUGGCGAGAUUGGAUACGUCAGCUUCACCAUGAUAAUAGGCCUCGUGGUCAACAGCAUCGUCAUCGGCGAGGUGAUCAACCUCGUCAGCGAGGUUGAUCUGGAUACCAGGUGGAGGAAGCAGCAGGCGGAGCUCCUGGAGGCCUACGGGCAGCACGCCUGCCUCAGUGCCGAGUCCGUCGAGCAGCUCACAAACUUUGUCCACAAGCUUGGCACUAAAGGCCGGACCUACAACGACGCCGCGGUGCGCAAGCUGAUGACGACCGAGGCCAUCCCACGCAAGUUGCUCGGCGCGAUCCCUGGACAGCUCUUCAAUGGGCUGCUGAUCGAGAACAAGCUGAUGGCUGCGUGCACCCGGAGCUGCCCAGGUGGCGUAAUGCCCCCCCGCUUUGCCAUCUUGCUCUCCACGAUGCUCAAGUCACAGAGGUUCAGCUCGGGGGACAUGGUCUACCAGGAAGGUGACAACUCCUUCAGCCUCUACCUCGUGCUCACCGGCACGUUCUCCUUCGUGGGGGAGGCGCACGAGGACGGCGGCAUGGACGCCUGCCCCUUUCCGGACGACAGGACGGUGACUUUCGCAGCUUCCAGGGGCCGGAAGAGGGUCGCCUUGGAGGGCGCCAAGCGGAGCAGCGGCAAGGACACGGCCGUCCUGAACCCUCCAGAGAGCGAGCGCCAGUACAGUGGCACGCUGCGCAACUGGCGUGUCUUCUCUGCGCUGGGCCAGAGCGCGGGCGCCUGGACCCCCGAGGGCACGGGCGGGCCGCACUGGAUGGUCAUCAACCUCUCGGCGGAGCGCGCCGUGUGCGGCGUCGUCGUGCAGGGCUGCCCCCGCCAUACCGGGUGGGUGACCGAGUUCAGGGUUCGGCUGGCGAAGACGCGCAACGGCCCCUGGGAGGAGGUGGCCGCUGCCUGCCCCGGCGGCAAGGGGGAGACGGAGGUCACCUUCGGGACGCGCUUCGCGAAGUACGUCCGCAUCGAGCCGACGGCCUGGCACGGCCAGGUCGCCAUGAGGGCUGGCGUGACGGUGCGCGUGCCCCAGCUGUACCCGUACCAGGUGUUCGGCAAUCGGCAUUUUUUCGGGUAUGAGAUGCUCCUGAAGCCCAAGCCUUCUCAGGCACGGGUGUGGACAGUGCGGCGCUGCUCCGCCCGGUGCGAGGCGUCUGGCGAGCUGCUGCAGCUGCACAAGAACCACCUCCUGUCCGACGGAGAGCUCGGAGGAGAAAGCAUUCUGGCAGAGUUCCCCCAGUUCGUCAAGGUGCUGAGACAGGAGAGCCUGAAGCGUGAAACUCACAGGCGCAGGAUCAUCGAGGAUGAAAGUACCCCUAAAUCUAGCAAAGUUCGGAAGACGUGGCCUCACUUAGGUCCCCGUCGCUGCAUUCUGGAUAAUUAUUGUGGGCGGUUAGGCUUGAUAUUUCUUCAAAAGAAGACCCUAUCCCCUAUGCUUUUGGUCCUUCCAGCACGGGUCCCCUCCCAAAGGGUUACGGGUCUUUUGUGCGAGUGA